UUUGGUGUUGGGUGUGCACAAAUGGCGGCUGUUGUGGAGAUUAGGAUUGACAUGGCCGACGAUGAUGACGACGGUGAUCGAGACCCGCGGGAAAAAUUCUGCAUCACUCCUAAUCGAGAUGUUUACAUUCUGGAUGAAGAAAGGAUAUCAGAUUCUUCUUUUGAUUUGGGAAGCGACCAAGAAAAACAAAAAUGUCUAUUGGGAGGAGAAGAUGAGAGAGUCCUGGAAGAAGUCUGUCUUCAAUCAAAGGAACACAAGAAGAAGAAGAAACUCCAAGGAAAGAAGUCAAAUAAUGAGUUAAUUUCUCAAAAACCAAAGGAGAAGAAAACCAUUUAUGCUGUUCACAAAUGUCCAAAGUGCAAAGAUGGUGUUCUGGCCACGGAAUCGACACCAUUGAUUUGUAUUUUCUUCGGAUUUCUCACGCUUCCUAUGUGUUGUUUCGGAUUAUUCUGCUUCAACACGAAGAAGAAAUGCUACGACUGUUCAGCGAAGCAUCAACCAGGGAUGCCGAAGAUCAUUUGA